GUGUGUGCGUUCCAUGACACGCUGUGCCCGUGAGGAUGAUUGCGGAUAAUAAACUCGCACGCGGCGAUAUUUUAAAGUAGGGAAGACAGAGGCGAUCUCGGCCAGCCAGCAUCGACAAGCAAGGGACGAAGCGGUGAAGUGUAAAAGGACCGGGGCAAGCAAACCGAGAUAUGUGGCAACAGUGGGGUGCUGCCGCGCAGCCCGCGGCCGCCGCUGCCGCCGCCGCGGCGGUAAUGCCGACCGCGGCCGGACAGUCUUUUGUGCCGGCGGGACUCGGAGUGCUCGGCACGGUGGGGUGGCCCGCGGCAGCGCCGGCGUCCCAGCCGGCCGUCUCGUACGCCUGGCCCCAGUGGACUGCUGCUACGACGACCAGCGUCGCCGCCGCGGUGCCCACCGCGACGCCCGCAGCCGAUGCCGGCGCAGCGGCGCCGGCCGCCGCUACCACAGCCGCCGCGGCAGCAACGCAGGAGGCCGCGGCAGCGACGCCCGAGGAUGCAGAGCGCAUGCAGCAGCUCAAGACCCAGGCUCACGCAUGGCAACAGGCACAGCAGCAGGCCUGGCUGGCCUGGUCCCAGCAGUGGGCCGGCUGGACGUCGGCCUACGAGGCAGCAGCAGUUGGCUCCCAACAGGCAGCCGCGGCGCCCAAGGCAAAUCAGGCUGCACCAGCUGCGCCAGCAGUGGCACCAGCAGUAGCGCCAGCAGUAGCGCCAGCAGUAGCACCAGCAGUAGCACCAGCAGCAGUGCCUGUCGCCGGUGCCCCUUCCGUGGAUGCAGAGGAUGCAGAGUUUGAGCGGCAGUUCAAGGAGUGGGAGAAGAGUUUUGAGAACUGGCUGACCCAAAACCGAGACCACCCUGACAAGGAGGCAUUUGCGCGAUACGAAACCCAGUGGAAGCAGUGGCGUCAGCAGCUGCUGGAUCGCCGCCAGGAGAUGCGCCAGAUGAAGUCCACAGGUGCAGCAACGGGUCAGCCAGCUGGUCAGGCACCUCCAGCAACCAGUGCUCCUGCGGCAGGCGGUGCUGCAGCUGCCCCAUUGCAGCAGCAACAGCAGCAACAACAACAACAGCAGCAGCAACAGCAACAGCAGCAAAUGUUGGCCCAUCAGCAGGCCCUUGCUCAGCAACAAGUGUUAGCUCAGCAACAACAGCAUCAGCAAGCCCUCAUGCAACAGCAGGCACUGGUGCCCCAAGCUGCAGCAGCAAUGAUGCCUCAUCAGGCAGCUAUGGUGCCCCAAGCUGCAGCCAUGAUGCCACAAGGCAUGGCUCCACAAGGCAUGAUGCCACAGGCAAUGGUUCCCCAGGGCAUGAUGCCGCAGGGCAUGGGACACCAGGGCAUGGCGCCACAUGGAAUGGCCCCACAGGGUAUGACUCCCCAGGGAAUGCCACACCAGGGCAUGACCCCACAAGGCAUGCCACCACAGGGAAUGAUGGCACAGGGAAUGGGACCACAGGGCAUGAUGUCCCAAGGAAUGAUGGGUGCGGGCAUGAUGCCACAGGGCAUGGCUCCUCAGGGUAUGCCAGGCAUGAUGCAACACCAGGGUCCCCCUCCGUCCCAGCAAGAGCAAGGCCCUCCCUCAGGCAUGGGACCACUGCAUCGAGGCAUGGGUCCUAGGGGGGGCAUGGGCAUGGGCCCGCGAGGAGGAAUGGGCCCACGAGGGGGCAUGCCCCUGCAGGGACCACCACACGGGGGCAUGGGUCCCCAGGGUGGUAUGGGGCCACAAGGUGGCAUGGGGCCGCAAGGUGGUAUGGGGCCACGAGGAGGCAUGGCUCCCCAGGGUGGUAUGGGGCCGCAAGGAGGCAUGGGUCCACGGGGAGGCAUGAGCCCCAGAGGUGGCCCGAGGGGUGGGCCACGAGGACGUGGUGGGCCACGAGGACCAUCUGACUUUGGACCCUACCGCCCCCCUCUGUCCCCACAGCAGCAGCAACAGCACUUCCCUGGAGGGCAGCCUGAAGGGGCUGAUGGUGAUGGUGAUGGUGGUGGCUUUGGGGGAGGCAGGCCCUUCAGAGGACGAGAUGGGCCACGUGGAAGGCCUCCACGGGGUGGACCUCCAGGACGUGGGGGGCGUGGUCGCCCAUUUGGUGGUAGUGGGGGCCCUCCCGAAGAACCCUUUGGAGGUGAGCCAGACUUUGGCCCUGAAGGUGACGAGUACGAAGGUGGCCAUGAGCAAUUUGAAACACCCCAUCACCAUGACUUCGGGCCUCCUCCCCCGGGCAAGUUUGGAGGCCCUCCAGACAAGCCAGAGUUCGGUGGGAUGCGGCACCCAUCACCGUAUGUGUGGCAGAACCCCAACCAACGAGGUGGGGGCAGGGGGCUACCCAGAGGCCGUGGUGGGUUCUUUCCUGGCCAGCGUCCCCCUCCUCCCAAUCAAUGGGGUGGUGGCCCUCCUGAUGACCGAAGACCUGGUCCUCCUGAUGACUGGAGGCCUGGCCCUCCAGAUGACCGGAGGCCUGGGCCUCUUGAUGACCGCAGGCCUGGACCUCCCGACGACCGCAGGCCUGGACCUCCCGACGACCGCAGGCCUGGACCUCCCGACGACCGCAGGCCUGGACCACCCGACGACCGCAGGCCUGGACCACCCGACGACCGCAGGCCUGGACCUCCAGACGACCGCAGGCCUGGACCUCCCGACGAUCGCAGGCCUGGACUGCCCGAUGACCGCAGGCCCGGACUGCCCGACGACCGGAGGCCGGGCCCUCCCGACGACAGGAGACCGGGCCUUUUUGACGACUGUAGGCCUGGACCUCAUGACAACCGUAGGCCUGGUCCUCCUGAUAACCGCAGGCCUGGCCCUCCUGAUGACAGGAACUCCGAAUGGAGUGGUGGCCCUCCUCCGGAGAAGCGAUGGAGGGGUCCACGAGAAGAUGAAGACGAUGUCAUAGCUGGUGGACGCCCCAACGGGGAGCCGCCACAUGAUUUUGAGCCCCAGCAGGGCCCUCCACGUCAGCAACCGCCGUUUGACUCUGAACGCAAGGACCUCAAGCGGGACAUGCCUGAAGGAGAGCUGCCCCCGCAUGGCAAGGGUGAUCCAGAGGCUGAGCCCGAACGACCACCCCGUCCAGAGUCUGGGAUGAACGAGGGUGACAUGCGCGGGCGACGUGGCCCAGGGGGACCCCUGCCGGUCAGGAGCCCCCCACGACCAGGGCAGGAUGUAUUCGCUGAGGAUCAGUGGGAUGGCUUUGAAGACAGCGAGCCAUGGCCUCCAGGACCUCACCGAGGAGGUGGCCCUCCACCACCCUGGAUGGGCGGACCACCAAGAGGGGGACCUAUGCAACGCCGUCCACCGAGGGGGUUCCCUCCAAUGCGGGGUGAGCCUCGUGGAGGGAUGAGAGGACGCCCCAUGCCUCCACCGGGCGGUUGGGACAUGCCUGAGUGGGGACCUCCGCCCCCUUGGGGGGGACCCAUGCGUGGAGGGCCACGGCCACCCCCGCCGGAGUGGAGACCUCGCCCUCACCCACCACACAUGUACCCGGACGAGCCACCGUUUGACUGGGAUCGGCGGCUGCCGCCGCCCCCCUGGGCAGAGGAGCCGCCAGAGGCACCGUGGGAGCCCGAAGUGAUUGACUACGGUCAUCGGCCAGCCGACCUGCCUGGAGGAGCGAGGUUCGAGUCAUUUGACUAUGGCCAUGGGAAGAGCGCAGAGGAGAAAAGGCAACUACCCAAAGUGAUGGACUAUGGUCAUGGAGCAGCAUUCCGCGAGCGCUUGCCAAUCAUUGACGACCUGGCACUUCCACCGGCAUUCAGGGAUUGUGGCAGUCGUCAUAGUACCCCAGAACCACCAGCACCGCCACCUGCGCCUCCAGAACCGCAAGUCAUUUCUGUUGAGGACCUGCUGGGGCUGCCUGGCCGCGAGUCACGUCCGCCACUUCUUUGCGUGGUCGUGCGUGGCCCGCCAGGCUCGGGCAAGUCAUAUCUGACACGGCUCCUGAAGGAGCGUGAGAUGGGUGCUGCCGGAAGUGUAGCGCCACGGGUACUUGCCCUCGAUGACUACUUUAUGCAGGAAGUGGAGGUGUCCGAGCUUGAUCCCGACACAGGCAAGCGUGUGAAACGAAAGGAAUUCCGGUACGAGUAUGAGGCAGACAUGGAGGACGUGUAUUUUAGCAGCCUGCUGAAGUCGUUCCGCAAGACAGUGGAUGGCCGACUAUUCUCAUUUGUGCUUGUUGAUGCGGUGCUGGCACGGGUACAGCAGCUGGAGCAGUUUUCAGGCUAUGCACGCCAGAAUGGGUUCCAAGUGUACGUCUGCGAGCCAGACUGCCUAGAUCCCGAGGAGUGCCACAGGCGCAACGUGCAUGGCCGCUCCCUUGAGGACAUCCGACGGAUUGUCGACUCCUGGGAGCCAGCACCCAGGCAAUACCCCCGACUUGACUGCAGUGUACUACUCAAUGAGAUGGAAGACAUGGAUGGAGAGCUGCCCCCAGCCGACACUGAAGACAGUGUGGGUGGUGGUGAUGGCGAUGGUGGUGGCAAUGAUGCUGCACCUGAAGACGAGGAGGAGGAGGACGAGCCCGUCCACAAGCCGAGCCGGUGGGAGCUGAUGACAGACACUACAAGCAGCGGAGAGCGACUCUUAAAGCUGGAUGGCCUGAGUAGCCAGAAGCUUAAACACACCUCCAUGGAUGACUAUCUACAGUUGCCCGAUGACUAUGAGGAACGACAUAGUGAGCCGGGCAAAAAACGAGUGCGGUGGGCUGACAUAGAGGAGAGUAAACAACAGAAGCGUAUGCGGGACAUUGGCUUUGUUGUGGGCCAGACAGACUGGUCCAAAUUCACAGACCCUACCCAUGCUGAGAAAGCACUCACACGGACCAAGUACAUCUGAAUCACCCGCCUUCCUCUUCACUCAUCCGAAAGAAAAAAGAAAAAGCACAUGGUCACUUGUGUUGUGCGUGCCCGUUUCAUUCUCGACAAAGGUUUCAUCUUUGUGCAUGCUCGUGCCCAGCAUGGAAGACACUUGGAGCAAUCUCCCUCAGGUGGAAAACACCAGUGAAGCAGCUGUUGACGGGACAAUCGUUGCAGUGCUUGCUCUUCCAUACUGUUACAGCAAAGUUAUUAAAUGAUGCCCUUCAGAA